CCAUCAGUAGGGUGUCCAGGACAUUGUGUGACUCAGGAAACAGCUCAGACAGAGGCCUGCAGCAGGCCCAGGAGGAAGAAGUGGCGGUGUGGAGGCAGAGGAGGUGGCCCUGCACGGCCACAGGGGCUCUGAGGGUCCUUGCCUGAAGAGGGACAGUCGCUCUGGAAUGCGGCCCCAGUCGCUGCUGUGGCUGCUGCUGCUCUUGCUACUCUGCUCCCCAGUCACCCUGACCAGAGAGCUUGUGUGUGGAGGUUCCCUAGGACCUUGUGCCAACGGAGGCACCUGCCUGAGGCUAUCACAGGGACAAGGGACCUGCCUGUGUGCCCCUGGAUUUCUGGGUGAGACUUGCCAGUUUCCUGACCCCUGUCAGGAUGCCCAACGCUGUGAGAAUGGGGGCAGCUGCCAAGCCCUGCCCCGCACCCCCGCUGCGAGCGCCCCCAGCCCUGCUUCCCCACUGGCCCUCAGCUUCUCCUGCACCUGCCCCUCUGGCUUCACUGGCAAUCGAUGCCAAACCCAGCUGGGAGAGCUCUGCCCACCUUCUUUCUGUUCCAACCGGGGUCACUGCUACAUCCAGGCCUCAGGCAGCCCACAGUGCUCCUGCGAACGGGGGUGGACAGGCGAGCAAUGCCAGCUCCUCGACUUCUGCUCAGCCAACCCCUGCGCCAACGGAGGCAUGUGCCUGGCCACAUACCCCCAGAUCCAGUGCCGCUGCCCACCUGGCUUCGAGGGUCACACCUGCGAACGCGACAUCAACGAGUGCUUCCUGGAGCCAGGGCCCUGCCCUCAGGGCACCUCCUGCCAUAACACCUUGGGCUCCUUCCGGUGUCUCUGCCUUGUGGGACAGGAGAGUCUGCAGUGCAAGCUCAGGGAGGGACCCUGUCCUUCCGGAAGCUGUCUUAACGGAGGCACCUGCCAGCUAGUACCAGGGGGUGAUGCCACCUUUCAUCUCUGUCUCUGCCCCCCAGGUUUCACAGGCCUGGACUGUGAGGUGAAUCCAGACGACUGUGUCAGGCACCAGUGUCGGAACGGGGCCACCUGCCUGGAUGGGCUGGGCACCUACACCUGCCUCUGCCCAAACACCUGGAAGGGCUGGGACUGCUCUGUGGAUGUAGAUGAAUGUGAAAGCCAGGGUCCCCCUCGAUGCAGCAACGGCGGCACCUGCCAGAACUCAGCCGGUGGCUUUCACUGUGUGUGUGUGAGCAGCUGGGGAGGCACAGGCUGUGACGAGAAUUUGGAUGACUGUGCGGCUGCCACCUGCGCCCCCGGUUCCACCUGCAUUGACCGUGUGGGCUCCUUCUCCUGCCUCUGCCCGCCUGGGCGCACAGGCCUCCUGUGCCACCUGGAAGACAUGUGUCUGAGCCAGCCGUGCCACGCGAAUGCCCAGUGCAGCACCAACCCUCUGACGGGCUCCACCCUCUGCAUAUGCCAGCCUGGCUACUCAGGACCCACUUGCCACCAAGACCUGGAUGAGUGUCACAUGGCCCAGCAAGGACCCAGUCCCUGUGAACAUGGCGGCUCCUGCCUCAACACCCCUGGCUCCUUCAACUGCCUCUGCCCGCCUGGCUACACAGGCUCGCGCUGUGAGGCCGACCACAAUGAGUGCCUGUCCCAGCCCUGCCACCCGGGCAGCACCUGCCUGGACCUCCUUGCCACCUUCCACUGCCUCUGCCCACCAGGCUUGGAAGGGAGGAUCUGCGAAGUGGAGACCAAUGAGUGUGCCUCGAACCCUUGUCUGAACCAAGCUGGCUGUCACGACCUGCUCAGCGGCUUCCUGUGCCUCUGCCUUCCUGGAUUCACUGGCGUCCGCUGUGAGGAAGACCUGGAUGAAUGCCGUAGCGCCCCCUGUGCCAACGGGGGGCACUGCCAAGACCAGCCAGGAGCCUUCCACUGCGAGUGUCUCCCAGGCUUUGAAGGGCCACACUGUGAGACGGAGACGGAUGAGUGUCUGAGUGACCCCUGCCCCACGGGAGCCAGCUGCCUCGAUCUCCCAGGAGCCUUCUUCUGCCUCUGCCGUCCUGGCUUCACAGGCCAGCUUUGUGAAGUUCCCUUGUGCACCCCCAACCUGUGCCAACAUGAGCGUGAGCGCCAGUGCCGAGAUCAGGAAGACAGAGACCGCUGCCUUUGCCCUGACGGAAGCCCCGGCUGUGUCCCUGCCAAGGACAACUGCACCUGCCACCACGGCCACUGCCAGAGAUCCUUGUGUGUGUGUGAUGUGGGCUGGACUGGGCCAGGAUGCGAGACAGAGCUUGGGGACUGCAUCUCCUCGCCCUGUGCCCACGGGGGGACCUGCCACCCACAACCGUCUGGCUACAGCUGCACCUGCCCCACAGGCUACAUGGGGCUGACCUGUGGCGAGGAGGUAACAGUCUGUCACUCAGAGCCCUGUCUCAAUGGUGGCUCCUGCAGCACCAGUCCUGAUGGCUAUUUCUGCAACUGCCUGCCAAGCCACACCGGCUCCCGCUGCCAGACUGUGGUCGACCACUGUGUGGCUGGUGAGUCCUGGGUCCUAACCAGAGUAGCCUCAUGCCUCAAUGGGGGUACCUGUGUGAACAAGCCGGGCACGUUCUUCUGCCUCUGCGCCACUGGCUUCCAGGGGCUGCGCUGUGAGGAAAAGAUCAAACCCAGCUGUGUGGACAGCCCCUGCAGGAACAAGGCAACCUGCCAAGACACACCUCAGGGUGCUCGCUGUCUCUGCAACCCUGGCUAUACAGGAAGCAGCUGCCAGACUCUGAUAGACUUGUGUGCCCAGAAGCCCUGUCCGCACACUGCCCGAUGCCUCCAAAGUGGCCCGUCCUUCCAGUGCCUGUGUCUCCAGGGAUGGACAGGCCCCCUGUGUGACCUCCCCUUGACCUGCCAGAAGGCUGCCGUGAGCCAAGGCAUAGCGGUCUCUGCCCUGUGCCAGAACGGAGGCCUCUGUGUGGACAGGGGCUCCUCCUACUUCUGCCUGUGCCCCCCUGGAUUCCAAGGCAGGCUGUGUGAGGCUGCUGUGAAUCCCUGCGAGUCCCAGCCUUGCCAGCAGGGGGCCACCUGUGUGGCUCAGCCCACCGGCUACCUCUGCCAGUGUGCCCCGGGCUACGAAGGACAGAACUGCUCAAAAGUACAGAACGCUUGUCAAUCCCAGCCCUGCCACAACGAGGGAACCUGCACCCCGACACCUGGAGGUUUCCACUGUGCCUGCCCUCCAGGCUUUGUGGGGCUGCGCUGUGAGGGGGACGUGGACGAGUGUCUCGACCAGCCUUGUCACCCCACAGGCACUGCAGCCUGCCACUCUUUAGCCAGUGCCUUCUUCUGCCAGUGUCUGCCUGGGUACACAGGCCAGCGGUGUGAGGUGGAGACAGACCUCUGCCAGAGCCAGCCUUGCUCCAAUGGAGGGUCCUGUGAGGUCACAACGGGACCGGCCCCUGGCUUCACUUGCCGCUGCCCACAGGGUUUUGAAGGCCCCACCUGCAGCCACCGAGUCCCUUCCUGCGGCACCCAUCAUUGUCACCACGGAGGCCUGUGUCUGCCCUCCCCUAAGCCAGGCUCCCCACCCCUCUGUGCCUGCCUCAGUGGCUUCGGGGGCCCUGACUGUCUGACACCUCCAGCUCCACAAGGUUGCGGGCCCCCUUCACCCUGCCUGCACAACGGCAGCUGCUCUGAGACCCCUGGGCUGGGCAACCCCAGCUUUCGGUGUUCCUGCCCCCCUGACUCCCCAGGGCCCCGGUGUCAGAGGCCAGGGGCAAAUGGGUGUGAGAACCGAGGUGGCGAUGGGGCCUGUGAUGCUGGCUGCAGUGGCCCAGGGGGGAACUGGGAUGGAGGGGACUGCUCCCUGGGGGUCCCUGACCCCUGGAAGGGCUGUCCCCCCAACUCCCAGUGCUGGCUUCUUUUUCGGGAUGGGCGGUGCCACCCGCAAUGUGACUCUGAGGAGUGUCUGUUUGAUGGCUUUGACUGUGAAAUCCCUCCAACCUGCAACCCAGCCUACGACCAGUACUGCCAAGAUCACUUCCACAAUGGACACUGUGAAAAGGGGUGCGACAGCGCUGAGUGUGGCUGGGAUGGGGGUGACUGCAGGCCAGCAGAGGGAGACUCAGAGUGGGGGGCCUCCCUGGCCCUGCUGGUGGUGCUGAGUCCCCCAGCGUUGGAUCAGCAGCUGCUGGCCCUGGCGCGAGUACUGUCCCUGACUCUGAGGGUCGGGCUCUGGGUGAGGAAGGACAGUGAUGGCAGGAACAUGGUGUUCCCUUAUCCUGGGAGCCGCGCUAAGGAGGAGCUGAGUGGAACUCGGGAUCCCUCUUCCUGGGAAAGACGAGCCCCUCACACCCAGCCCCUGGGCAAGGAGACAGACUCCCUUGGUGCUGGGUUUGUGGUGGUGAUGGGAGUGGAUCUGUCCCGCUGUGGUCCAGACCUCCCUGCAUCCCGCUGCCCCUGGGACUCUGGGCUCCUGCUACGCUUCCUCGCAGCGAUGGCCGCAGUGGGAGCCUUGGAGUCCCUCCUUCCUGGGCCCUUGCUGGCUGCUCACCCUCAAGCAGGGACCAGGACCCCUGCUGACCAGCUCCCCUGGCUUGUCCUGUGUUCACCAGUAGUCGGGGUGCUUCUCCUGGGCCUUGGGGCUCUUCUUGUCCUCCAGCUCAUCAGGAGGCGACGGCGGCGGCAAGAGCACGGGGCCCUGUGGCUGCCCCCUGGUUUCAUUCGGAGGCCUCGGACACAGCAGGCACCCCACAGGCGGAGGCCCCCCCUGGGCGAGGACAGCAUCGGUCUCAAGGUGCUGAAGCCAGAGGCACAAGUGGAUGAGGACGGAGUGGCCAUGUGCCCAGGCCCUGAGGAAGAGGAGGCUGAAGAACCGGCCUCGGGCACCAAGUGCCAGCUCUGGCCACUGAGCAGCGGCUGUGGAGAACUCCCCCAGGUCGCCAUGUUGACACCUCCACAGGAGUGUGAAGUGGAGGUUCCGGACGUGGACUCCUGUGGACCUGAUGGGGUGACACCCCUGAUGUCAGCGGUCUUCUGUGGGGCAGUGCCACCCACCACUGUACAGGGCCCGUGGCUGGGAAGUCCUGAAGCCUGGGAGCCACUGCUGGACAGAGGGGCCUGGCCGCAGGCUCACGCUGUGGGCACUGGAGAGGCCCCGCUGCACCUGGCUGCCCGGUUCUCUCGGCCAACUGCUGCCCGCCGCCUCCUGGAGGCUGGAGCCAACCCCAACCAGCCCGACCGGGCAGGGCGCACCCCACUUCACACAGCCGUGGCUGCUGACGCUCGGGAGGUCUGCCAGCUCCUGUUGGCCAGCAGGCGGACUGCUGUGGACGCGCGCACAGACGACGGGACUACACCUCUGAUGCUGGCUGCCAGACUGGCCGUGGAGGACCUGGUUGAAGAACUGAUCGCAGCGCGCGCAGAUGUGGGAGCCAGAGAUAAAAGGGGGAAAACCGCACUGCACUGGGCCGCCGCUGUGAACAACGCCCGAGCCGCCCGCUGCCUCCUCCAGGCUGGAGCUGAUAAAGAUGCCCAGGACAGCAGGGAGCAGACGCCGCUGUUCCUGGCGGCGCGCGAAGGUGCCGUGGAAGUGGCGCGGCUGCUGCUGGAGCUCGGGGCGUCCCGAGGGCUGCGGGACCAGGCCGGGAUGGCCCCGGGAGACGUGGCCCGCCAGCGCAGCCACUGGGACCUCCUGACGCUGCUGGAGGGGGCGGGGCCGCCCGUGCCCGAGGCCCGCGCGCGCGCCGCGUCGGGGGGCGGGGCCGCGCCGCGCUGCCGCACGCAGUCGGCGGGAGCGCGCCCGCGCGGGGGGGGCGGGGCCUGCCUGCAAGCUCGCGCCCGGUCCGUGGACCUGGGCGCGCGCGGGGCCGCGGCGUACGCGCGCAGCCGGAGCCGGUCGGCCAGCUCCGGGGGCCCUUCCUUGCGCGGCCGCAGGUUCUCCGCGGGCUCCCGUGGGCGGCGCGGGGCCGGGGCGUCCCAGGGCGACCGGCCUCGCGACUGGGUGGCCCUGGAGGCCUGCGGCUCCGCCCGUGGUGCGCCGAUCCCGCCUCCCAGCCUGACCCCGUCCCCAGAACGCGGAUCCCCUCAAGUUGCGUGGGGUUUCCCGGCCCAACAAGAGGUGCCCUUAAACUCGGGUGGAAGGAAUCAAAGCUAGGCGGCUCCGUGGAGGGACGGAAGUGGCACGUGGUCUGGUGGAAGACUCCAGACUUGUAAGGCCAAAAU